AUGGCCAAAGUGGAGCACAUUAUGCCUGACGUAGAGAUAGAGGAACUGGGUAAUUCAAUGAAGAGUGAGCUGAUAAGCUGUAUUUCAUCACAUAUUGAUUAUGACAGUGGUUCUGAAUUCUGCUUGAUACCAAGAAUACAUCCGCACAUUCGUAUGAUAGAUAGAAAUUCUUAUGACCCAAUAAUGUUGUCAAUUGGCCCUUAUAACAAUGGAUCUUCAGCACUUUCUUCUAUGGAGAGUGAAAAAUGGAACCGCUUGGACUACAUCCUUAAGUUGAAUUGUGAGAAGGGUCUGAAAGAUUACUUGACCAUCAUAAACAGACUAGAGAAAAGAGCAAGGAUGUGUUAUUCUGGGGAUAUUAAAAUGAAUAAGAGGAAGUUCUUGCAGACUCUCUUGCUUGAUGGAUGUUUUGUCCUUGUUUCACUCGGAGGACUCAAUGAAUUUAUAAGUGCUGGACCCCAAAGAGCCACGGCUAGUUCAUCACAUGCCGAAAUAGUUGAGGAAGAAAUGACUUCUGGACAGCCAAACUUAACAGAGAGAAUUGAUAUUCAACAAAUAAACACCAGGAACCAGAAUGACAUAAUAAACAUUGUAGUAGAAGAAAAUACAGUGCCUGAGAUCGAGUUAUGUUUGGAAAUCAGUGACCAUCAAACAGAGCAAUGUGUAUAUCAGGAUAACACUAGACAGAUCGGACAGUGGUAUGAUAUCUUUGUUAUACAUGAUCUACUCUUGCUGGAGAACCAAAUUCCCUUUUUCAUAGUUGAGGCAAUAUAUGAGGUAGUAAGUUCAAACAAGAUGACACCAACGUGUAAAUCAGGUGUUGCUAGAUUUAUAGAAAUGACCCUGCCAUUCUAUCCAACAGCAAUACGAGAAUCCAGUCGCCCAAUAGAUUUUGAUCAUUUGCUUCACCUGUGUCAUAUGUAUUUCAGACCCAGUUCUAACGAGCAAGAGCACAAGGAGCUCACAGCGCAACACUACAUUCAUCAGUUCCUUCAGCUGGGACAGGGUUAUCUCAGCCAUUUAGGUUUGUCGCAGGAUGACCAUUUUCCUAAUCGAUGGCGCCGAGCAACACAGUAUCAUGAAGCUGGCAUUGAGUUUAAGAGGAGAACAUAUUCUGAGCAUAAUCCCCAUUCACUCCUGGAUAUAAAACUCAGAAAUGGUAUCCUGGAAUUCCCCUUCUUGUUUGUGGAUGACCAAACCAGUGUCCUUUUCAGAAACUUCAUUGCACUAGAGCAAACAUGUCCGCAAGUCGGAAAUGAUGUGACUGCUUACAUUAUCUUCCUGGCUAAGCUGAUGAGCAUGCCAGAUGAUAUAGCACUGCUGGCUCGAAAGGGGGUCAUCGCACAUCAUAUGCGCAGCGACAGAGAUGUAUCGCAGCUCUUUACCAGGCUGACAAAAGGUGUUGUCUUCGAUUUCUAUGGGAACUAUUACCUAAAUCACAUGUGUUUAGCCCUGGAGGCAUAUUAUCAAAACCGUCUGCACAGGUGGGUUGCGUGGCUGAGGCACAACCAUUUGAGCAAUCCAUGGUUGGUUGUCGCAGCGUUGGCUGGUGUUAUUGUGCUUUUCUGCACCAUUGCACAGACCGUCCUUACUGUCGAGUCUUAUGUAAAUCCCAAGUAA